GAGGGAGUGGGUUGUGUGGGUUGGUGUUGGUGGCAUGAGGGCGUGGGUGCGGGGUUGGAAUGGGCGUAAUACUGGUAGCAAUCAUUCGGCCAGGGAUGAGGGAGUGGGUUGUGUGGGUUGGUGUGGGUGGCAGGAGGAGCAUGAGGGCGUGGGCGUGGGAUGGGCGCACUACUUCCAGCAACAUUUCGUCACCUGCAUUACGUCCCAUCGCCUCAGCGUUACACUCUCAGCCUUUUCUUUGAGCGUCCCCGCCAGUGGUCGGUGUAGCCAAGGCGGAACACGACGAGGAGAAGCCAUCCCAGAAGAGGACAACGUUGAUGACCUGCACGUUCCUGCUAAAGAUUGUUCAUUUACAUUAAAAUGACUCAGCAAAAACAAGUGAAGAAGUCUUGGUGCUGCGGGUGCUUCGGCUGGCUCUUCGCCAGGCGGAAGCGCCGCAGCCCCUCCGAGGAACCUGACGACAUCGUCGAGGAAACCGAAAACGCGGGUGCCCAGGCCGAUGCAGGGCAACAGGCCCUGGUCUGCCUGAAGAAGGCUGCUCAGCCUCUCGCAGUGGUGGAGGAGGAGAUCCCCUCCGACACCCUGCUGGAUGCUGAUGGGGUGGUGGGGAAGGGCGAAAAGGAGGCCACUGGCAGGAGGCGUCAGACUCUCAUCAUCACAAUCCACUUGGUGAAGAGAGAGAAGGUCCAGAAGCCAGUGGAUGAUACAACAGUCGCACAAAAAGACUGCACGCAAUUGGAGAGCCAUGGCAAGAGGGUUCACACUCUCGUAAUUACUCUGCACAUGGUCAAGAGAGAGAAAAUAAAGGAGGUAUACGAUGAGCUCCCCUCCGGGCACCAAGGCACGGCUGGGGACGCUCCUUCCAGCAGGAGCAAGGCCGUUACCGGCCCACCGGAAAAGAUGCCCCUUAUCAGCAGCUUCAAACAGCGGGAUGCAUCUCAAACUCCGGUCAAGAAAACUAUCAGGUUCAACUUCCAAAACCUGAACACUUUCGUCAAAAUUCGUGAGCUGUACUGUGCCUACGACUACUGCAAGUAUGGCUUCCCUCUCUCCAGCAUUCGUCCUGAGCUGAAAAGCCUAAAGGAGAGAGCAGUGGAGCCACAGGAAGAGCCAACAAAGGAAGCAGUAAACAAACUGCCACAGGCUCAGAAAACAGUAGCAGAGGAAGCAACAGAUUCAGCCAACAAAAUCAAUGAGCCACAACAUCUCACAGGGAUCCUCAAGAAAGGAAAGACGGCCAGCACCGCUCAUAAAUGUGUGCGCUUUAACUUCCAGAACCUGAACACUUUCGUCAAGGAUCGUGAGCUGUACUGUGGCUACGACUACUUCAGGUAUGGCUUCCGUCUCUCCAGCAUUCGUCCUGAGCUGGAAAGGCGAAAGGAGAGAACAGUAAAGCCACAGAAAGGGUCAGCAAAGGACGCGGUAAAGAAACACAACACACGACACCAGCAAACAGUUGGAGCAGCUCGCUGUGCACAAAUGAAUAGCACUACUGAAGGGAAGUCUCCUAAAGGUAUCCUGAAGAAAGAAAAGAUGCCACGGUCCACCUGUCCAGGACAUGUGCGCUUCAACCUUGGUAACCUCCGAACCCCCGUCAAGGAACGCUGA